GUGGGGACUGAUACUGGUGUGCAUGGCCACUCUUUCAAUUCACACUCGUUGACACUUGACAGUUCUCGCGUACACCCUACCCUGGACAAAAUUAGGAAAGGGUCAGGUUCCUUAUCAUUUCAGCUGCCUCCACAGUUAGUUACUGGCUUUACUCGAACAUUUUGCUGCAUAUAUUCUCUUAUUAUACGCUAAAAAAUACAUGUACGCAAUAUACAGCUUUAACAGGUAUGGAAGCUUUAACAGCGGCUCUUGCAGAACCUCAGAUCUGUUACGUGCUGGAUGGUAUUCUGUUUGUGUACGGCAUCAUCCUGACAGCUCUCUACUGCAGAAUCAAGAUCUGCAAUGCAAAAGAGGCUGAAGGUGGGAAAGGAAAGCCAAAGCAGAAUGUUGAAGAGGGCAUCUAUACGGGUCUGACCCCUCAUGCCCAGGACACGUAUGAAACCAUCGGCAUGAAGAAGUGAUGUGAUGAGUCAAAAAUCUAGGACAGCAAUUUCCUAGCUAAUUCCCUGUUUUAUAUUUCUUUUUAUUCUAUUCUAUUUUUUUUCCUGUAUUUAAAUAUUGCCUUUUAUACUUUGCAUAUACUUGGAGAGAAUGUAAGAUUGUGUGUAGCAGUGUUCAUUUCCCGUUUGCUUUGGUAGAAUCUGUGGAAAGUUAAGAAAGACGAGACAGAAACAGGGAAGUUGAGCCCAGGUCAGGCUUUUCUCAGAAAUGCUUACGCUUGUUGUGUAAGAUAUUUUUUUCAUUUAACUGCUCUGUCAUAUUUAAUUUUUGAACGUAUAUAUUUGUAUGUGUGAAUAAGAAAGACAAGAAUCCACUCUGCCUUUAUUAUCUACCUUUAGGUUUUAUCUCUUGCAGGGAAUCGAAAUCAUCCUUAGUGCUUUACAGCACAGAACAGAAAGAUGUUACUUUUCCUUCAGAGAUGUCUCUAAAAGUAUAGUUUUGGGAAAGAUUACAGAUUAUAGCUGCAGGUAAGGAAGUGAGCUGUGUUUCCUCUACACCACAGGAUGGCAGUGAUGGUGUCUUUGGUGUGGUCCUUACCUGUCCACAUUCACAACACACACACACACACACACACACACACACACACACACACACACACACACACACACACACCACACACACACACACACGCAUGCACACGCACACACACACACACACACACACACACACACAUAGAAAUGAAAGAAAUCACACAGACUGCUGUAAAAGCUAUUUAGUAUGUGAAUCCCUGCCUGUAUGAAGCUUAGAGUUGUUAUAUUUAUACAUCUAUGAAGUUUUCUAUGUGCUUAUCAAAUUACUUUGAAUUGUAACAGUUAAUUAAGACAACCCUGUCACCUAGCAAUUAUGUUUAUAUAAGGAGUGGCAAACCUUAACAGCCAUAAACAACCACAUAAAUGAUUAAAAGUAAUAGUUUUCUGGCAGUGGUUUGACUACAAUGAAGCUAAUAAAGAUUUAUUGUAUGUCAGUCUGAAAAGAUUUUGUCUGUGUCUUUAACAUGUAACCAAUAAAGAUGAAAAGAACUGCAACUGUGUGAUAAUGUGAGGAAAAGAAAUGAAGCAAAAACCAACAGUGUUAUGUGAAGCUGAUUUAUGAGUUGGCUACAGAUAAUAUAAUUAAAUCUGGAAUAAACCAUUAAAAGUCCCAUACUUUA